GCCGAGCGCUUUCAGCGAAUAGAUUCAAGGGGAGCCCCGGGCAGGGUGGGUGGGGAGCCGAGCGCUUCCCGCGGGCAGAGCCAGGGGGAACCCCGGGCCGGCCGCGGAGUUAGCAGGCCCCCAGUGGACCCCUCGGCGGGCGGUAGCCCAGCCUCCAUAUAGCCCCGGGCAAAGCCCAAGAACACCCCCAUGGCUGCAGCCAAGGCCGAGAUGCAGCUCCUGCCUUCGCUGCAGAUGGCCGACCCUUUCGGAUCCUUCCCUCACUCUCCCCCUACUAUGGACACCAACUACCCCAAGCUAGAGGAGAUCAUGUUGCUCGCCGGUGGAGGGCCACAGUUCCUCAAUCCCGCCGGUGGCCCCGAGAGCGGCGGCGGCUUCAAUCCCUCCGGCGAAGGUGGGGAGCAGUCCUUCGAGCACCUCGCUGCAGACACUUUCCCCGAGAUCUCCCUGAACGGCGAGAAACCUUUAGCGGAGACCAGCUAUCCGACCCAGACUACCCGCCUCCCGCCCAUCACCUACACUGGCCGCUUUUCUUUGGAGCCGGCGUCGAGCGGUGGAGGCAGCACCCCGUUAUGGCCGGAGCCUCUCUUCAGCCUGGUGAGCGGCCUGGUGGGUAUGGCUAACCCUCCGACUACGUCCUCCCAGUCCUCCUCCGCCUCUUCGCCGAUCGCUAGCUCCGCUUCUUCCAGCCCGGUUUUGAGCUGCUCGGUGCAGGCCAGCGACCCCAGCCCCAUCUACUCAGCGGCGCCCACCUUCCCGAACCCCGGCGGAGCUGACAUCUUCCCAGAGCCGUCCAGCCAGCCCUUUGCCAGUUCUUCGGGAGCCUCACUACAGUUUCCGCCUCCUGCAUACCCGACGGCCAAGAACGGCUUCCAGCUGCCCAUCAUUCCGGACUACUUAUUCCCGCCUCAGCCGCCACCGCAGCCGGGCGACCUGGGUCUCGGCUCUGUGGAGCAAAAGCCUUUCCCGGGCCCGCAGCCCUCGCUCACUCCGCUCUCCACCAUCAAAGCCUUCGCUACCCAAAGCGGCGGCGGCAGUUGCGGCGGCGGCACUCCGCAGGAGGCCAAGAGUCUCCCAAGCGGCGGCUCCUACCAGGCGACACUGGUCAAGCCCAGCCGCAUGAGGAAGUACCCCAACCGGCCCAGCAAGACCCCGCCACACGAGAGGCCCUAUGCCUGCCCCGUCGAGUCCUGCGACCGCCGCUUCUCGCGCUCCGACGAGCUCACCCGCCACAUCCGUAUCCACACCGGCCAGAAGCCUUUCCAGUGCCGUAUCUGCAUGCGCAACUUCAGCCGGAGCGACCACCUCACCACACACAUUCGCACGCACACGGGCGAGAAGCCCUUCGCCUGCGACAUCUGUGGCCGUAAGUUUGCCCGCAGCGAUGAGAGGAAGCGCCAUACCAAGAUCCACCUCCGGCAGAAGGACAAGAAGGCUGACAAGGGCCCCAGCGGGCCCCAGGUGCCCUCGACUUCCUCCCCCCUGGCUCCUUACUCGACCUCGACCGGCUCUACCUCGUAUCCCUCACCUGCAGCCACCUCUUUCCCCUCACCUGUGCCGUCCUCCUACUCCUCCCCAGUGACCACCUACUCCUCCCCAGUGACCUCCUACUCCUCCCCAGUGACCUCCUACUCCUCCCCGGUGACCUCCUACUCCUCCCCUGUGACUUCAGCCUUCCCCUCGUUCCCCUCGCCCUCGGUGGCCACCAGCUAUGCGUCGAUCGCCUCUUCCACCUUUCAUAGCCAGGCGGGGGUAGGGGGCAGCCCCUAUCCCUCUCCUGGUGGCCUCUCCAGCCCCUUCAGCUCCUCAGUGACUUCAGCCCUUCCCGACUUGGCCUCCACUUUCUCACCUCGGACCAUUGAGAUCUGUUGAGAGGAGAAAAGGAAGUGAGGUCCCAAAAAGGCCUGCUCACCCAGGCCUAGCCAGCCUGGUCCAGGCCACGGCAAGCCCCUGCAGGGCCUCCAGACCUUUCAACUGCCUGAAAAGCAGCUCGACAACUCGAGACCGUGGAGUUGCUCCACUUCUGUCCAAGAACUUAACCUUGCAUGGAUAAGCAAGCGCAACCUUCUUUCCCAAGAGCCCUGGCCCGGCUCCUUUCCCUUCUCUCCAAGUCCCGUGGCCCAUCAGAAAACAAAGGACGUUGGGCUCCAGGCAGUCUCAGUUGUGAUCAUGUGCCUGCCCUGCCACGGCUUUGCUUCCCCUGAGAACCCUCGACGUGCCAACCUCUUUGCAGAUUCAUCUUGCUUAUUCUUUGGAGUACGAAGGACCAUUAUUAUUAUUUUGUAAGUUGUGAGUUUUGCUCUUUUAGUGACGACAAAAAGCUGUACUGAGUUUUACAACAUGUCUGGGGCAGGGGGCUUGGGAGUAAAAAAAAGCAGCACUUAAAACUGUAUUUGAGCAUGUCAAGAGUGUGAUGUUCUUUGUAAAUAUCACCUUAGGGAUGAAAGCACUCUCACGUGGCAAAAAGUUACUUAGUUUUCCUCCGGGUUUUUUGGUUUUUUUCCCCCCAGUCCCAAGUCUUGGUGCCUUGUUGUGAAGCCCUGCUGACAUCAUGCAUUUGUGUGAUUGGAUGCUUUGCAUCUAGCCUUAAGGGAAAAGGGAAAGUGUGCAAAGGAGGGACUGAGGCUCAGAAACAAAAAUGCGAAAGGAGCGUAAGGUGGAAUGUAAGCAAAAACAAAACACAAAAAACCGUACUUCUUUAAAAGUCUAUUUUUGUUACAGAAGUGUAAAAAUUUAUAAAUAUAUUCAGCAGUUGAAAUGUUGUAGUUACCUACUGAGUAGGCGGCAAUUUUGUAUGUUAUGAACAUGCGGUUCAUUAUUUUUGUGGUUUUAUUUUUGACUUUGUACUUGUGUUUGUUUAUAAGCCAACACAUCGAAUGCGCUUUACUGCCAAUGGGAUAUUUGGUGUACAAUAAUCUCCAGAAAAGUUAAUAAAACUAUCGAGAGACCAGCAGUC